UCAAUCAAAACAUUGCGCCGUGCUGCUGAUUCUGGUUCUUCUGUUCGGAUCGAAAGUGCCGAAGUUUAGCCAAUCAUGUACGGCGGAAAAAGUCCAACGGAGCUGCUUUCGGGAACCCACUCCAAGUCGUGGCUGCACGACAAGUGGGCCCCCACCGCGGGAGGGCUUUUUGGCUUCCUGGGAGCGUGUUACGUCAACUGGGGAAUCGGACGGCCUGUUUUCAGCGGAAUCCAACGCCAUGUGAUUGCGACGGUUUCCGUCGGUGCUCUUGCGCUUACUGUCGACAAGUGGAGAACCCAAUAUUUGGCCGAGAAGGAUGCCACUCUGCGGCACUACAUUGAGCUGCACCCGGAAGAUUUCCCUACUCCCGAAGCUCGGCUUCAUUUCCAUUGAUUCAAAUUCCUAAGAACGCAAAAAGUUUGCCGACGUGUUCGAGUACUGGCAGCCAAUCCGUUAAACAACAACAUCCGGGGCCUUCUAUCAGUGGCCAAGGGCUAUAAUUUAGCGUUUUAGUUGUAAAAGCUAUCCCCAACCGGAAGAGGAGGUAAAUAAAAAAAAUGUCCAAAGUUUA